CGAUCCCCAUUCGACGAGUCACAAAAACUCGCUUCGUGUGCAGUCGCGAGGCCCCCGGAAUCGUGAAAAGAUUCUGCAAGAAAACAGCGAUACUGCAUCGUUCUCGUCUCGCGUAACUAGCUUUUGGCCAGCACUUCUGCGAUGGUAGGAUUCAAGGUACACGAGCUCCGCACUAGAAGCAAAGGUGACUUGCUCAAUCAGUUAAAAGAGCUAAAAACCGAGCUAGCGGCUCUUAGGGUGGCUAAAGUAACCGGGGGAGCACCAAAUAAACUCUCUAAAAUCAAGGUAGUGAGGCUCUCAAUCGCCCAGGUACUGACUGUCAUCAGACAGAACCAGCUCCAGAACCUUCGUGAGGCUUAUGCUGGGAAGAAGUACGUCCCUCUUGAUCUGAGAACGAAGAAGACUCGGGCCAUCCGCAGGCGUCUUCUAUCAGCUGAUAAGAACGUGAAAACAUCUAAAGAAGCGAAGAAAUAUGCUUAUUUUCCCGAGCGAAAGUAUGCUAUGAAGUCCUGAUUUUUUGGCUAGAUAAAUCUUUUUUUUUUAGUUAAAACAGAGAUAAAUGGCUUCCAACAAGCGUGACAACACGCGCGCUGGAUGAGCACGUUCUCUUUCUUCUCUUUGUAAAUUCUUUUUUAACCUCGUUU